AUGGUCACGAGUCCCCCUCCCAGGGAUAAAGCUACCCUUGAGAUCAGUUUAAACGAACCAGUUGUUGGACGAUUUUUCCUCAAUGGCGUUUGGUAUAAUGUUGAGUAUGAGGGGCUCCACUUGCUGUGCUCGUCGUGUGACUGUUAUGGACAUGUUCGAAGGAGUUGUCCCUCUGCAAAUAAGCUUGAGUCGAAGGUCAACGGCGCAGGGGCGAAGGAGGCUACAGAGAAGACGCCAGGGGAAUCUUUGCAUAGUGCAGUUUUGGAUGUUCUGGCAGGAGAGGAUUCAACUCCGCACGUUACGGGGGAAAUCGCGCCAGAUCCGCAUGGAGACUGGCUGGUUGUGAAAUGGCGCAAUCGGAAGCAAAAUCUGGGAAAAUCAUUGGGUAAGGGUCGAUCUUCCCUUCAUAAUGGAAACGCGGAGAUAAGGGAGCAAAAUCAGGAUAUCCAGAAUUAUUCCACGAGUGGUGUACACAUCGCGGAUGAGUCACGUGCAAGUUUUAAAAAUUCACGUGUAGUGAGGGUGACCCCACGUGAACAAGAGCAUGCAGCUGGAUACACUAAUAUGGUUGGGGGCCACGUGAGGCAUGCAGAUGAGACUCCUAUGGGCUCCACUAUGGACAACAAAAAACGCAGCAGGUGUGAGGCAGCUGGUGCACGUCCACGAACAGGUCCAGCUGGCGGGACAAAUGCUUUAGACACGAACGCUCAUCAAGUCCGUAGCGCGCAACCCAGUCCGUCUCUCGGGGGCCCACGGUUCAUAUAUGACGGACCGAACGGGGACGUGGAAAAGGGUAUGGAAACCAGUGUACUUCUUACCGGUGGCACAUCCAAGGAAAAUUUCGAUUCGGAGGCCAGUGGAAUUGUGAUUCCGGGGAAGGACGAUGCUAUGCUAUUUGAUCAGUCUCUGGAAGGGGAGGCCAUGUGUGUUUGA